CGCUGAUAUAACAAUUCCAGUUAUUAGUACUUCAAGCUCUCAAAUUAAUAAUGCACCAGAUACUCUUCAAGUUAACAGCAACCUUGAGAAUUAUGAUAAUUUUGAGUCAACGUUAGAAGCUAAUUUUUUUGAAAAUGAAUUUGCAAAUAUAUUACAAACUGAAAAAAUAGAAGAAUAUAUUAUCAGUUCACAAAGCGAUAAAUAUGAUAAUGUUAAUAUACUUUCAUACUGUAUGGAUGAAGUAGAAAGAUUUAUUACUAUACAGUUUCAAAAUGCUGA